AUGGUCGAAGCCCACCACUAUGCCACUCGCACAGCAUCUCCCAAGAAGCGCAACCUCCUCAAGCGUCUCUGGUGGUGCUGUAUCAUUCGCGAUCGAAUUGUCGGCCUAGGUCUCCGUCGUAGUCUGCAGAUCACGCGGAGUCAUUUCACUUUUGAUGCGAAUGAGAGUCUUGGCUAUUCGGACUUGGCGGAUGAGAUUGAGAGGAGUAGAGUGUAUAACCCAGGCACAAAGCGGUGCUUGGCUGAGAUCUUGGAGCAACUGGUGGAGCUGUGUGUUGUGCUGACCGAUAUCCUCAUCCUGGUUUUCCCGCUGGACGACAGGCCUGGCUGGGGCAGAGAGAUGCGAGCCGAGGAACAGGACAAGGUGCGAGUGUGUAAAGUUGCGUUACAGAGAUGGUAUAAGGGCGUGACGAUGCGGUUUCCCAUGUUUGGUGGCGGUUCUGUCGCGAGGAUGAAGGCACCAGGGAACGAGUUCCAACACGACUCAGUGAUAUUGUACACCAAUUUGAUGUACAUGUACUAUCAUUCCUCUCGAGUGGUCCUCAGUCACCACGAAGUCCUUCACCUCGCCAUCACCGCCGCAGCGCCAUCUUUCAACGCCAUCCCGACCUCCGAUCUAAUCAUCAUUGGAGAGAACCGACACGAGCUUCAGGAUGCCGCUUCCGGGGUAACAGAGUGUCUCAAGGAACUAAUCCAUCUUCGUCUCGCACGCUGGCUGCCCAUCAGUGCUGUGGCGUGUACCGCGUUGCCGUUGGUCCUGCACAUCCUCGACGUGAAGCUAUCUGCCUCUUCACGAUCCUUCGACCCCAACACGCAAUCGGCGCUUAAGCAACAUCGCCUCAACAUUCUCAUAGAAGCCAUGAAAACAUACCAACCACAAUACGACGGCGUUGACUGGGUCAGCGAGACGAUUCGACACAUUGUCAAUCUAGCACAAAUCGAAUCGCCAGCACCGGGGGAUUCCGCGAACGCAACCCCCGGCGGCGCAGUCAUUGCAGAUUGGACCGACAUUCUCGCCUCCCAACCAAGCUCCUAUCUCCGCCUAGCCCUGACGAUGGAUCUGUCACUUAGUAAAGGACGGCUACCCGAAGACGGGGACUUCCCAGUCAGUCUUCGCGGCCUCUUCACGGGCGGCUUCAAUCCGCUCAAGGCGCUCCUCGAACGGAAGAGGAACGAGAGUAGGGACGCGAGCAGGGAUACGAGCGGGGGCUUCUCCGAGCCGGCAGAGCACGCCACAGAUCGUAUGACGGACUUUGACGCCGCAGCGAUGAGGGUGAACCUGUUCCGGAUGCAGCCACCGGGGAACGUGACAGCCAUCCCGUCAGACGAGGACUCCACCUCGCCGACAUCUGCCGGCAGCCACAGCCAGGACAGUGUCACGGACGACACAUCACCACGCACCGGGGCGGAAUACCAAAGCAGCUGCGACGUCAACAUGGCAGACCGCCCGCCGUCGGAAGGGAUCGAUGGUCUGGCGGCCGAGGUACUUGCCGCGUUUCCGCUGGAUGAUCAGUCUGCAAACGUAGCUGCUGGCGACUUUGACGGCAUGUACUUUGACGGGAUGCCGGGGCAUGAUGGACCCGGAGGGUGGAUUGAGACGGCGUGGAACGAGCUUACGCAGCACUCUGCUGCGCCGGGAUCUGGUGAGGAUCGUGGGGAUCGGGAUACGGCGAGAGUUUUGCUUGAUGCGUUGAGGGAAGGGGAGCUGGCGGAGUGUGCCGCUUAA